GGAAUUGUACUACAAUCACACGGCUACAUUGGAGACCACGUUGAAGUAUAUAAAAGAUUUUUGCGGCUGAUUCGCUCUUUGUGAUAAUGUCGGCUGAAUAUGAACAGAGAUCCAGAGACAAUGGCCCAGAGGGCAUGGAGCCAGAUGGAGUCAUUGAGAGCAACUGGAACGAGAUCGUGGACAGCUUUGAUGAAAUGAGCCUGCGCGAGUUCUUGUUAAGAGGAAUCUAUGCCUAUGGUUUUGAAAAGCCCUCUGCCAUCCAGCAGCGGGCCAUUCUCCCUUGUAUCAAGGGUUUUGAUGUGAUUGCACAGGCCCAAUCGGGCACGGGGAAGACUGCCACUUUUGCCAUUUCAAUCCUGCAGCAGAUUGACACGGAGCUGAAGAGUACCCAGGCCUUGGUUCUGGCCCCCACCAGAGAGCUGGCUCAGCAGAUCCAGAAGGUGAUCCUUGCUCUUGGGGACUACAUGGGUGCUUCCUGCCAUGCCUGCAUUGGCGGGACCAAUGUGCGCAACGAGGUGCAGAAGUUGCAGUCUGAAGCACCCCACAUAAUUGUAGGAACACCAGGCCGAGUCUUUGACAUGCUCAACCGCAGAUAUCUGUCUGCAAAGUACAUCAAGAUGUUUGUGCUGGAUGAAGCAGACGAGAUGCUGAGCCGAGGGUUUAAGGACCAGAUCUAUGAGAUUUUCCAGAAGCUGGCCCCCAACACUCAGGUGGUGCUGUUGUCUGCCACCAUGCCACUAGAUGUACUGGAGGUUACAAAGAAGUUCAUGCGGGAACCUAUUCGUAUCCUGGUGAAGAAGGAGGAACUGACCCUGGAGGGUAUCAGGCAGUUUUACAUCAAUGUGGAGAAAGAGGAGUGGAAACUGGACACACUGUGUGAUCUGUACGAGACCCUCACCAUUACUCAGGCUGUUAUCUUCAUCAACACGCGCCGAAAAGUCGACUGGCUGACCGAGAAGAUGCAUGCCAGGGACUUUACUGUCUCUGCCCUGCAUGGAGAUAUGGACCAGAAGGAGAGAGAUCUGAUCAUGAGGGAGUUCCGCUCAGGUUCCAGUCGGGUUCUCAUUACCACUGACCUGCUGGCCCGAGGUAUUGAUGUACAGCAGGUCUCUUUGGUCAUAAACUAUGACCUGCCCACCAACCGAGAGAACUACAUUCACAGGAUUGGACGAGGGGGCCGUUUUGGCAGGAAGGGCGUCGCAAUCAACAUGGUCACAGAGGAUGACAAGCGCACACUUCGGGACAUUGAGACCUUCUACAAUACCACUGUGGAGGAAAUGCCCAUGAAUGUGGCAGACUUGAUCUAGAAAUAACCUGCCCCCAUAUUUCUCCCUUCAUUCAAUUUUGAGGUACCCCCACCCAGGUCAAACUCCCUAUGUUUCAGCCCCUCCCCAAAUCCUGAAUUUAUGCUCUAUGGAAUGGGGAAAUGUACUUUUCUAGACCAGAAGUGGUGGACAAGAGCAUACUCCGUCUUGCUCAGUCACAGCAUCCCCAUAGUGAAACAGGGCCAUGUUCAGGCCCCCAGUACAUGGUCCGGACUGGUUUUUGUGCUGUCCCAUUUCUCAUUCUGUUCUUGACAAGAGUUAAGCUUGUGGAGGAUGUUGACAGCCAAACGGGCAGCAUUGUAGUAUCUAGUUUUUCAGCUCCUUGUUGGCACAUCUGCAAGCCUGGAAGUGGGAGGUGUCGGCACAUUUCACCAAACUAACAGUUUUUGUUUUCCCUGCCUUAAACCAUUACUUGGCUGCUCGUGUGCUUCAAGCAGCUUUCAAAUAUCAGAAAUGGAAAAUGUCCUUUUACCUACAAGAAAUGGGGGAACCCAGUACAAUUGAUCUAAUUUUUGUCAAGUUCCUGAGAAAAUGUUAAAUGGACAUGAAUUAAAUGAGUAUCUAUUUGAGAGAUUCAGGGCAGCUGUGGUGGUUAACAUUUUGCCUCAAUGGAUCAUUUUGGUGGUAAAUGUAUGCAAUGAGUAGCUAUUGCAUUGGACACUGAAGAACAUGAUUAGAAUCAGUGACAUGGAAGCAUUUCAUAUACUAUAUUAAAUCCGUUAUGGAUUAAGGUCACAUUUUAAAUUUGGGGAGGGGAAUAACCUCAAUAAAAAAAUGAAAAUCA